AUGAAGUAAUUUAUACACAAUUAAAUUGAGCCCAAUUUCAGAUCUCAAAGCUUUAUAUCAGAUGGGAAUAUAGAAAUGACCCUUGCAAACAACUUAAUUGGUUUCAGAUUUGAAUAUGAUGUAAAUUUAAGCAUCGAAUCACUAGAAAAAUAACAAAACUUAACUUAUGUCGUUUACUAAGCUUAUUUUCAAUAAAAUAACUAAAACAAUUAAGUUAAUAUUCCUAUUGAUAUUAUCAAUUGUGAUGAUUCUAAUCUAAUUGGUUAUAAAUGCUUAGAUUUUUCAAAAGUAUCUAAUUACACGCUAGCUCUGAACACAAAUACAAAUUUACAAUCCUAAAUAUAGAUUUUUAUGUACGGAUGCUUGGAUAUCGAUGUUUUUAAAAAAACAGUCCCAAGCAAUUGUGCAAAUUAAACUGAAAUUGAUAACAUAAUUAAUGGUGGAAAUGCUGGUUUUAGAUUAAAGCUAUAUACUUCUUAAUAUAACACAACUUCUUAGGAAACAGAAGUUAACUAUAGAAAUGCUUAUGUUUAUACAAUAGCUUACUAAUAAAUAUUGUCUCAAUUAAUUGUUCAAAAACAAAUCACAUCUGUUACGAAAGGAUCCAUAAUAUAAUCGGAAUCUGUUUUUUCUUCUCCUAUUUAGUAUAGAAAAGAAGCUUAAACCAUAGAUAGAUCAUAUGCCUUUAAUUAAAUAGGCGUUGGGAGCUAUAGCGUUUUACUGAUAUACCCAGACGAAAUAGUUCAGUAAAUUAAAAUUUAAUACUCUUCUCUCCCAUAAGUAAUGUCAUUUGUAAAUAGUAUAUUUGCAUUUUUGAUGCUUUUUGGUUCAUUAGGCAGAGUUUUUUCUAAAAAUUCUUUGAAGAAGGAUAUUUUUAUGCUUUUCUUAAAAAUUUUGUAUUAAGAUUAAUACCUUGAAAUGAUGACUUUAAAUAAAGACAAAUAAAGCAUGCAAAUAGAGCAAUAAAAUCUUCAGUUAUAUGUUUAAUAAUAAAAUUAUUAAGGAGACGAGGAAUAAUAACAGGAAAAAGAAGAUAACAUUGAGUUCAAAGAAGAAGAAGAGUUAAAUCAACACAGCUAAAUACCUUAGUUUAUGUAGAAAUCUAAGAUUUAAUUGGAUAAACAAAAAUCUAGCAUAAAACUUAUAAAUAAUUCAGAGCAAAGCUAGUCUCCUAAAAUGCUAAACAGAAGAUUUUCGUAAAAAUAUUAAGAAUAAAAAAGCGAGUUUUAAUAUGACUAAAAUAACAGUAUUUCCUUCGUUUAAAAAUUAAAACAAAAUCUAUCUAACAUAAAACUUAUAAAUGAUUUAGAGCAAAGCUAGUCUCCUUAUCUGUUACAGAGAAGAUUUUCGUAAAAAUAGUAAGAAUAAAAAAGUGAGCCUUAAUGUGAAUAAAAUAACAGUAUGGUCUCUGCAAAAAAAUUAAAACAAAAUCAAAAUUAGAGUUUGGGUACAGUUUCCUCAUCUUAAAUAUUUAGCUAUUAAAAAAAUAUAUAAAAAGACAUUUGUUAAAAUUAUUUUGGAUAAAUAUAACAAUCUAGUUCUUUAAAAAAGAUCAAUAUUGCUUAAGAAAUUUAAACUAAAACACAAGAUCAAAUAAAAUAAAAGCAAGUAAAUUUUAUACUUAACACAUUAAAAAAUAAAUAGCUGGCAAUAUAAAAUAAAAAAGUAUAAAAUUUCAUUUAGAGUCUCAUUUUUAAAGCAAAUAUUUGCAAGAAAAAAAGUAUCAAAUAAUAAAAUCUCAAAAAUUAAGUAGAAGAAAUCGAUUCUCAAAUCAAGAAAGAAAUGAAUAUUUAAAAUAUUUUCAAAGACAUACAAUUUUUGAAAAAGGCAGUCAUGCUUAUUUUGAAUUCAGAUCAGCUAGCAGCCCUGCAGCUUAUUGGUUUAUCUAAAAAUUACUUAGACUUUAAAUUAAAGUCUAAAUUUGAUAAAAACUCUGACGAGAUAAUUCUAGGUAAAAACAUUAUAAAAGCUUAAAAAAUUUAACCAUUAUUUUAUUAAAUAGAAAAGAAUCUUUCUCAUUUUGAAAAACAGUUUGCUAUUUCUCAAUCUGAGUAUUUACAGUUUUAUGAAUUAGAAUAAUUCUUAUAAAGAUGUUCAAAAACUUAAAAUUUAAAAGAAUUGGACAAAAGAAUUUUAUCUUCAUUAAAAAUUGAUAAUUAAUAUUGA